AGUUUCUCUUGCUGACCUCAACCCCCCCACCAUGACAGGAGCAACCCCUUCCGCCAGCACCUCGCUGCCAUCGGUGCCGUCCUUUUCCUCGCGCUUCAAGUUGGUAGCUUCGCAGGUCUUACACCAUGCAAAGAAGCAUACCGGCGUCGGCAUGAUUUGCGCCGUGGCAUACUUUGACCCGGGAAAUUGGGGCGUCGACUUGCAAGCUGGAUCACAGUUUGGAUAUCGAUUACUUUUCAUAGUACUCCUUUCUGGUCUUUUCGCGGUGUACCUCCAGGUUCUUGCCACCAGGCUGGGCUGUGUAACUGGCCUCGACCUUGCUUCUCACACCCGUUUGUUAUUAUACAAUCGGCCGAAGCAUACGCUGCUGUACCGAUGGUUAGGGUUAUACCCUCUCUACGCGUUAGCAGAGAUAGCCAUCAUCGCUACGGACCUUGCUGAGGUCUUGGGGUCAGCCAUAGCUUUGUCUUUGCUGUUCCCCAAGCUGGAGCUAUGGCAUGGUGUGUUGAUUACGGGGUUUGAUGUCAUCUUGAUUCUUGGCAUGCGUGAUCCUUUACGCGGUCGUCCCGUGAAAGUGUUCGAAAUUUUUAUAGCGGUUAUGGUACUUGCGGUCCUAAUAUGCAUGGUUGUGAUCAUCUCGAAAAUCAAUGUAAACUGGGCAGAUGCCUUCCAAGGCUAUCUCCCUUCAAAAUAUAUCUUCAAGUCAGGUGGCCUCUACACCUCUGUUGGUAUUCUCGGUGCCACUGUUAUGCCACACAGCUUGUUCCUAGGUUCUGCCCUCGCAACGCAGGACAGGAUCGAAUUCAAACCCACGAAUGAAUUGAUACUUACUCCAAACCAAAGUAAAGAAUCACAAGAUACGGCGUUUAUCCACGCUCAUUUGUGGCACGGCGUCGUUGAUAUGGUUGUCAGCUUACUCGGGUUUGCGGUCAUCAUAAACUCUCUGAUCCUCAUCUUGGCAGCUGCUGUCUUCUAUCGAGGAAAUUCAAGUUAUCAGGGACCUGCGAGUCUAUUUGAUGCUUACGACCUCAUACGAGAGAUAGUCGGAAAACCGGCCGCAACCUUGUUCGCGAUUGCUUUGCUGGCGUCUGGACAGAGCUCAUCCAUAAUCGCGACGGUUGCUGGUCAAGCAGUCGCUGAAGGAUUUCUUCAAUGGCGUGUUUCGCCCAUUAUACGUCGGUUACUCACCCGCCUCUUGGCCAUGAUUCCCUCCAUGAUCGUGGCCAUUGCAAUCGGGCGAUCGGGCAUCGACACUCUUCUUGUUGCCUCUCAGGUCGUGCUGUCUAUUGUUCUCCCUUUCAUUACCUUCCCCCUCCUCUACUGCACCGCUAGCAAGGCAAUCAUGAACGUGCACAGAUCGACACCAUCAGGGGCUGUCACACCCACUUCCUCACAGCCCCCUCAUUUAGAACGCGGGACUGGUGGGGACGAAACUGUUGAUUUCAGCAAUGGAAAAUUUAGCAACUGUGUUGGCGCUACGAUUUGGCUAGCUGUGGUGGCAGCGAACGUAUACGUGAUCGUUGAGCUGGGACUGGGCCACGGGACAUGAAAGACGACGACAUAGAGGACCGCAUCAACUUCCCACUGUUUCGGCGCACGCUCAUCAACACUAGCACUGUCAAACUUCUAUUCAAGUUAUUGUACCACAAGUAAUUUUCUUGUUCAUGUACGUCGCAUAAUUUCUAGACGACAAGUGACAAACGACGCCAUUAUAUCCGACAUGGGUCGCUUUAAAGAAACGUAUUAUUCUUGGAAUUCAAAUAAUUGAUCUUCCUCAUCGAUGAUUUGGUGUGAACCAAAUACAAAACCUGUGCCUCAUGAACGGUAAGGAUGCGGCAUGAGCGAAAAGCGACGAAAUUUAUGCAAAGUCCCUGGAUAUGACAUUACAGCAUCGAUUGCAAAUCAAACAACUCAAAUGAGUUUUUCCAGUGGGUUGAUGAUAACACCAGGCUUUUUCAUGACUCUAGGUAGGGUGCCCUUCUGGAAUCCAACACGUGUAUUCCAUUCCGCUCCUAAUGGGCGUUCCAUGCUACGCUCAAAUUGCGCUUUGGAGGUGAAAGGGAACGGCAGGUCUUUAACGAGGUAUUUUCCAGCCUUCUUGUCCCGCUUUUCAGAGACGAUGAUAUGUUUCUUGUUGUAGUCAGCACGAGUGGUGGGGUCGAUACCUGCGAUCUGCUUUAUUCGUUGAGGUUUUGGCGGUACCUUGCGGAGGCCGGUUCCGCCCCAUGAGCCCCAACCAGGAAUCGUAGUGUCCACCUCGCGAGGUGCGUCGGAGGCGACUUCACGUCGUUUGACUUCUUCAAACUCCUGAACUACAUUAUCGCCCGCAAAAGCAAGGGCGACCAGAUCGCGCUGCU